CAAUUAUCACGUUCUUUAUCAGUAUAUUAAAAUUUUUUCUCAUGAAAUAUAACCAUCACCUUGUUAUUUAUCAAUUUUACAUCUCUUCUCAAAUCAAAACGCUCCCUUGUUUAUAUUCUCCCUCGCGCGAUAUCAUAUACAAAUGAAUAGAAAAUACUUGGAUCGUCGAUCAUAUUCAUGGUCCGGAUCACAAGCAAGACCAUACAUAUGCGAAUUUUGCGAGAGAGGUUUUUCCAACGCACAAGCUUUAGGAGGGCACAUGAACAUCCACAGAAAAGACAGGGCAAAACUUCGACAAGCGAACCUAAAAGAAGAAGACAGUGAAGAUGCCAUUUGCACCACUUCGAGAAAUCGGUUUGGGCAAGAGCUUAUUGAGUUACCUUUCUUCGUUGAUACGGUCGGUCCAAGAAGAAAAGGAGAAGAUGAUAAAAGCGAAAAAGGUUUAGGAGAUGAAGAAAAGAAAAAUAUGAGGAUACUUCAAAAGGCUUUAUCUCAAAGUGCAGACGUGAUAGAUCUUGAGCUCCGUCUAGGAUUAGAUCCUUAUAAAAAAACAACAAGUACAAGUACGUAACUAAUAACUAUAUAUGUGAAUACUUUAAUCCCCAAGUUUGUAAUUAUGUGAAUAAUUUCGUUUGAUUAGAUAUUGAUUUGUUAAUAUUACACAAAAA